CUGGGUGACACAGUGACACCCUAUCUCAAAAAGAAAAAGAAUACAUAAUCCACUUUUCGUUAGCUGGUAUUUGGCCUCACCAAGGCGAAGCAGGAAAAGGAAAUUCUAUCUGUAUCAGCCAGAUUCUCUCAGACUCAGGUAUUCACUGCACUGCACGAGGGACCCUGGUGUCCAGACUGUUGAGCAUUACCAGACUAGUGAAUGCCCUUCCGAAAGGGCCACCAUGCAGCAGGGCUUCCCACCGGAGAGCUGUGGUCCCAGCCAAGGCAGCUCUCAGGGCUUGCUCCACCACUCUAGGGAGGCGGCCCAGAUCUGUCUCUCCCAAACAAUGCCUGGGUUUGACACUUCCUGAGAAAGCAGAGAUUGUUCUCUUUGUAUGCCACGGCUCUGGAAUGCAGCUCUUCCUGUAAGGAAGACAAUGGUCUUUAUGGGAAGGCUAGGACUUGCAGGAGGUAAGAUUUGAACAGCAGAGCUGGGAGCUAGCUUUGCUGCUGAGGGAAAUGGUGGGCACAGAACCCCCACGGUGGGCGAGUUGGGGUGUGGGUGUGCCUGUGGGCUGGCAGGUGACUCUGCCUGGAGCAUUGCAGGGGUGAAGGGGAGAUCAAGGAGUUAAGAAAGGUAGUCUAGGGGGAGGGGCCCAGAGUUUUCAACACCAGCCUUAGGAAUCUGGGACAUAUGUACUAUCCUUUGCCAUUCAAAAUGUGUCCUGGGACCAACGGCAUCCUUGGACUUGAAAGCUUGUUAGACACAUAGAAGCCGGGGCUCACCCCAGGCCUGCUGAAUCACAACCUGCAUUUUAACAGGACCCCCAUGAAAUUCUAUCCUCCUUCAAGCACGGCUCUAGGCUAAGAGAAAGCGCGAACAAUUUUUAGAGCUGGGGGUAAAGUGAUGGGAGGAGUGUUUGGGAAUGAGGCCACUGGGGUGGUUAGAGAACACUCACUUGAGAGUUCCGCAACAAUGCAGGCGUGAGCAGCGAGAGUGAAGGAGGCGGCGGGGGCAAGGGAGACAGGUCUUUCCCCACAAGCCACAAGGCCGGAGGCACGCGUCCCGCCCUGCCUCCACCUCAGGUGGCAGGAAUCUUGUUGGUGAUCCGUCCAGACAUUGUGUGUUCUGGAAGUGCACAUCGCGGCAUCUGUGUUUUUGAAGUCAGAUUUCAUUGCCGUGGUUUCUAUGCCUGACCCCCCGAAGUUUUCGCUCCUGUUGCCACAGGGAGCCGGGAGAGCACAGAGCGCUGCUGCCGGUGCCCUGCAGCCACACAAACAUGCUCCUGCUCCUGGCGGAGCCAGAGCUGCUGGGAAAGACAUUUCGGAAGUUUCCUGUGGUUGCAACAAAUUGUUCAAAUCUGCACUGGAGCACCGCUGUGACCUGUCUUUCUCCAUCUUAGGGCAACCAGCUCCUGAAACUGGAAACUCCCUAGCACCUCCUCACCCUACCCCGCAGCCUCUCCUUGUGGAAGGAGGUGAGGGGGUGUUGUCCGGAAUGCCUGGCCUCUCUGUCCAAGCAUGGCAGCCUUGCCCCAUGGGUGGCGCAGACUCAGUUUCCUAUGCAUCUUGCCCCAGGGAGGAGGUGGGGGUUCCUUCCAUAGAGAUGGUGAAGAAUAAGGGAGGUAGUGAUCGUCUCUGGGAUCCAGUUAAAUCUGCAUCUGCAGGCAGAAAGAGGCUGGGGGACAUGGAGAGAGUGAUCAACUGGAAGAUUCUAGGGUCCUCAAUUUUGAAAGGUGACAUGAUACCCUGAAAAGGGCAUGAACUUAGUUGUCAGUCCGUCCCUGCCUUUUCCAAUCAAAGCUGAGUGGCCAUGGCAAAUUAAUGAUCAUCUCUGAGUUUCAGUCUCCUGUCUAAAAUGAGGUGAUAAUAGCUUCUCGAAGGUUAUGAGGCCCUGAACAUGCUGCCUGGCACAUAGAUGGCUAAUCAAUAUUUUCCUAACCUUCCCUUCUCUGAAGUUGCUACCUCUUUCCUCCUGGGGUCUUGCAAAGAAACUUCUGAAUUAAAUAGUUCCUGCCUGGUAGUUUGUAUCAACUGAAGGAAGACAAGUCUGGACUAUGACAUUUUGAAAUUGAAGGCUACAUUUAAAAAUAAAUGUAACCAUUGGCUUUCUGGAAGGACGAAAUGAAACCAGACCGCUUUCUGGAAGGGAGUCUUUUGGGGCUUCCUUCAAUGAACAGACUGGAGUGUAAUCAGUUAUUUGAUAGCAAAUGGGUUCUCUCAAGACAUAAAUACAAUUUAAAGCAGUUUGUUCUAGGGUCUACAGUUUCAACAUGGCCCACUGCAUUCAUGUUUCUACCCUUAACUUGCCAAGUAAACCCAUAGUUUGUUAGUUCAAACACUAAUCUCUGAUCAGUCUCAUUUAUUCUAAAUUUGUUUUCACACAGUGGCUUCCACAACUCAAGGUAUUUUCUAUUCUUUGCUCUCUGGAGACUGAGAGGUUAUCAGGUGUGGAAAGGCUUCCACGAGUUUCCUCUAAUAUAGUCCUGGGGAAUACACAAGCCUCCCCGAAUGAAUGGUCGGACUCACCUUUUCCCAGGACCACAAAAGUAUAUAUUUUUGUUUCCUAUCCUAAACACACUGUAACUCACUCCUCGUUUUUCCUGGGAGAUUGUGGUAAUAUGGAGAGGCCUGGGGGGUCUCUGGGAUAAAGCAACUUGUAAAACGACUAUGAGGGGGUUCCAGAUCUGACUUAAUCAACAUUUCUCAAGAUCCGUAGACCAAUAAAACUGUUUGCUUUCUUA